UACAUAAUAAUGACUUUAAUAUAUUCUAGACCGCGAAGCAAGUAACACGCUUGAAAAGUGGUGAUCGUGUCAGUAGGUUGAUAUUGCGCAAUGUGCGGAGCUAGCUCUCUCUCCCAGACUAAAAACUAUACUAUCAAAAGCUUUUUUGUUUUGUAAACUAUAAUGAACAUAAACAAAUAACAGCUAGUUUCAAACUAUUGGACAAAAAUAAAAUAUACCUAAUAGACCCCUUGAUUGUAGUUACAAUCUCUCCUUAGUUAAGUACUCGAUUGUGAUAAGAAACAGCACGUAGUAUAAGGUCUAGAGCAUUGACGAACACUUCUCGAUCAAGUGAAGAUCUUCUAUACCUACAAUAAUUUAAAAAAAGUGACCUUGAUUAAUUUCGUAAAUUAAAGUACAUAAAUUAUGCCUAGAAUCUACUUUGUUGGUGUUGAUGUUGGGACAUCAAGUGCAAGAGCUGCUCUAGUUUCUUCAGAUGGUAAGGUACUCAAGCAGGCAAUAAAACCAAUUAAGACAUGGAAUCCACAACAAGAUCAUUUUGAGCAGUCUUCAGAUGAUAUUUGGUAUGCGGUUGCAGUUUGUGUACGGGAUGUUGUCCAAAAUAUUCCUAAAGAAGAAAUUGUUGCGAUUUCUUUCGAUGCCACUUGUUCCCUUGUAAUACUGGGCACAAAUGGUGAACCAAUAUCGGUUAGCUCGAAUGGUCAUGCUGAACAAAAUGUUAUCCUCUGGAUGGAUCACCGAGCCACUGCCGAAGCUGAAUUUAUUAACUCAACAAAUCAUGAGUUGCUGAAUUAUGUCGGAGGCCAAGUUUCUGUCGAAAUGGAAAUGCCUAAAUUGUUAUGGUUAAAAAGGAAUCGUAACAUUUCAACAUGGAAUAAAAUUUGGCGAGCAUUCGAUUUGCCAGAUUACCUUACUUGGCGAAGUACUGGUUGCGAUUCAAGAUCACUGUGUUCGGUGGUUUGUAAAUGGAAUUAUGACGCUAUUGCGGGUUCAUGGUCUAAGGAUUUUCUUACUGCUAUCGAUUUGGAAGAAUUGUGUCGAAAUGAUUUUGAAAUAAUUGGCAAAACGGUAUGUGACCCGGGUACAGCUGUUGGUAAGGGUCUAAGUGAUGGAGCUGCAGCCGCUUUAAGUCUUUUACCCGGAACUAUUGUUGGGACGUCUUUGAUUGAUGCACAUGCUGGGGCAUUGGGAAUGUUUGGUUGUAAUGCUGGAACUGGAUCGGAAAGUAUUGAGGGGAAAAUGGCAUUGAUUUGUGGAACUUCUACAUGCCAUAUGAGUAUGACUAGAGAGUUGUGCCCCGCGAAGGGAGUUUGGGGUCCUUACAAAAAUGCUAUUAUGCCAAAUUUCUUCUUAAACGAGGGUGGACAGAGUGCUACUGGUUUUUUGUUGGAUUUUGUUAUUAAAACACAUCCGCGAUAUGAGGAGAUGAGCAGAAAAUUGAUGGGAAGAAAUAUUCACUCAUAUAUCCAUAAUAUCUUAGACAACAUGACCGAGGAACGUGGUUUAGAAGAUCCGUGUUUCUUGACAAAAGAUCUACACGUUUGGCCCGAUUUUCAUGGCAAUCGAUCACCAAUCGCAGACGCAAGUCUAAAAGGAAUGAUCUCUGGACUAAACAUGGGCACCGAUGAGGAAAGCUUAGCUGUGCUCUAUCUCGCUUUUGUGCAAGGUUUAGCGUAUGGUACAAGACACAUCAUGGACAAUCUCGUAGAAUACAAGAGACCCAAAUUUAGAACUUUGCUAUUUUGUGGUGGAUUGUCGAAAAACCGACUUUACACUCAGAGUCAUGCUGACAUUUGUAAUUUACCAGUUAUUAUACCAGAUGAACAAGAAAUGGUUUUAGUGGGAUCAGCAAUGUUGGGAGCAUGUGCUGCUAAAGUUUAUCCUACAUUAGAGGAAGCUUCAGCUGCAAUGGGUGGAACAGGAACUAUUCUCAAACCAAAGCAAGAAACCAUUGACUAUCACAAUAGAAAAUAUCGAGUGUUUUUGAAAAUGUUAAAAGACCAAUGUGACUAUAAAAAUAUCAUGAAUAGUUGAAUAAAUAAUUUCUUUUUUAUUAUAUUUUAAA